UUCCGGCAGCUCUGCGCCCCCUCUUCCCCACCCACCACCACGCCAGGCCAGGCCAGGCUAGGCUUUCCCAUUCCAUUCCCCUUCCCCUUCCGUUGCGAGCCCAGCCCAUCCCCAAAUGGCGCCUCCGUCCUCCUCGUCCGCCCCGCCGCCGUCGUCGUGGGUCAUCCUAGGCAGCAUCCAGCGCGUCUCCGCACCGGCCGGCGGGGGCGACGCCUCCCUCGCGCUCGCGGCGCCGCCGCGCGUCUCGAUCCUCAACGUCUCCCAGAGCGUCUUUCCGGAAGCGGCCACGCCCCAUCACUUCCCCUUCGUCCUCGCCGCCGACCCUUCCGGCCUGCUCCUCCUCCAGGCCAACCUGAGCCGCCCGCCCAGACGCGAAGUCCUCGACGGCCCCGCCAGCCAUGGCGUGUACUGGAAAGACUCCACCUCGCGCUACUUCGUUCUCGACGCCACCACCGCCCCGGGGACGGCGUUCCACCUCCCCGACCCCGAGCCCCCCAACACCAUCCUGCACCAGGCCCUCCUCGGCCUUCUCGCCUCCCCUGCCGGUGGCGGACACUACAUGGUCGCGGAGCUCCAGCCCAUCAUCGGCCUGGACAAAGCCACGCUCCUCUGCUUCUCCACAGAGGUCGGGGAGUGGGUCGAGAAGCGCGUCCACUGCCCGCUCCCGCCACGCCCGCUGGUUCCCAUCGGCGUGGUCUCGCACCACGGGAGGUUCUGGUGGGUGGACCUCUCAUGGGGCGUCAUCCACUGCGACCCCUUCGCCGACAAGCCGGUCCUGGGCUUCGUCCCCUUCCCGCCGGAGAGGGUCCUCAAGUGCAGGGAAGGCUGGGGUGUCACCGACGAGUACCGCUACGUGGGCGUCAGCGAUGGCAAGCUGCGGUUCGUUGACACGUACGUGCGCAGCGGCGACGCUCCCAAGGUCGCCGUGUGGACGCUGGCACAUCCAGACUCCACGGAGUGGACGCUGGAGCAGGAGACGACGUUUGCGGAGAUCUGGGGCGACAAGAGCUACAAGGCCACCAGGCUGCCCAAGAAGAUGCCCGUGCUUGCACUCAUCCACCCCAAGAACCCGUGCGUCGUCUUCUUCUUCCUGGAGCAGCAACUCUUCGGCGUCGACGUGCGCACGCGCAAGGUCGUGGACUGCAAGCCCUAUGGGCUAGUUGCGCCGCCGAGCUGCUACAUCGCCAGCCGAUUCGUUCGCGCUUGGGAGUUGCCGCAGCCGCUCCCCUCAGAUAAUAACGCAAUGCCAUCCUCCUGUCCUGUCGGGAUGCUUAACUGGUGCAAGGGCAUCAAGGCUAAAAAAGAUAAAGCACGAGCACCCCACAAGCCAUCGCCAGGGUAUUACCACUUGGUGGGACAUACCAGGCAGACAUUCAUAGGAUGAAUUAGUGGGGGAGUAUGAAGCAGGCCUAGCAGUUUUCUUGGUGAGCUAAAUUUGAGAAUCUCUAUGAUCUUGAUUGCUGAUUCAAACUCCAGGCAACCGUAGAAGUAAUGUUCUUCUGUCAAAAUUUCAUUUCAUCCUGGUUCUUCAGUGCUCAAUUCAAGUUAUGCUCAGUCCGGGUUACCUGCAUGUUUUGGCAUUUUGGCGCAAAGUAGCUUAAUCUGUCUCCUCUCUUGGUCUCUCGGAAUUGGAUGGUGAAAUGCUACUGGAACAAUAUCGGUUGCUGCAUUCUUAAUAUCCCUUGAGUUUGGUUGGUCAUGUUUCAGUGACAACUGUUGAA